AUGGCCUCAUUGCACUACAGAAGUGCGUCAGCCACGGAUCGACGAGGCACACAGUUUUCUAGCGGCCCUGCACGCGUCAACUCUGCAAAAUAUCGAGACUACGAGAGACCGUCAGCGCGCGAUACCGCCUCCCCCAUAUUUCCAGACGGCUACAGCGAAGCGACGGACGGGAAACAUAAACACACAAAAAGCGAGAACCGGUUCAGUGGACUGGAUCGGCGAAAAGAGAAGGCUACCAUCACAACAACUGAAACCUUCAUCACCAGAAUAAGCCCAAAGAAGGGAGUCAAGGUCACUGAAAGCUAUCAUGGCCGCCAAACAAGCACACCAAGUCUAGUACAGAGCCGCCCGAACAAAGAUGAAAACGCUCUGACGUGGGGUCCGACUGUGUCCUUGAUCCCGCACUCAUCAGCACCACUUGCGACCCGAAUAACCUCACCACCUCUAUCACGAACUGCGCCAGUGGACCUCGACCCGACACCACUUGGUGGCAUGACUAUGCAAGAGCAGGAAAAAGCGAUUCUAGACGACCUGUUGUACGUUUUCAUGGGAUUUGAAGGACAGUACAUCAGGUUCCGUGACACCUACAACCCCAGAGAGGAAAAGGAACGACUUAAUGGACCAGCUUUUGAUCCUUUACCUGGCCUUGACCCAAGCCUGAAAGAUCUUACGUCAUCCAUGCUCUCCAUGGCGACGCAUCAUUGUGCGAUUGAGGCUUUCAUUGAGGUACAAAGCCAAGAGGAGUUUGGUUCGGUCAAUCAUGCUCUUUGCGCGGCAAUUCGGAAGCUGCUCAAAGAUUACCUCAUCUUGAUUGCACAGCUUGAAAUGAAAGUCCUGACAGACGCCAACUUCACGCUGCAUCAAAUGCAUAUUGCGAUUAUUCCUACCGCGCAAUGUCUGGCCCAGCUAUAUUCCCUUGCGCAAGAGCUGCUGAAGAGAAACUCGCUUCUCGAGGAAGAUCUCGACGACUCUUUGGACGAUUUUGACCCCGACAACAUCAUCGAACGUCUCAAAGAAGGUGGGGACCUGCUGCCGGGAAGUUUGAAUAAAAAGCGUUGCAUUGGCGGUAAUGUCUUGGGUUUAUUGUCACAUCGCCUGUCCACAUUUUCUGGAGAUCCAGCUGCAAGGGCAAUUCUAGAGAUGCUAUUGCGAGAGUCAAGUCGGCCAUACAUGGUAAUGCUUAAUGAGUGGUUACAUCGUGGUGGUAUCAAUGACCCUCACUCGGAAUUUCUAAUUGGUGAGAGGGCGAGCAUCAAACGGGAGCGCCUGGAUGAAGACUAUACUGAUGAGUAUUGGGAAAAGAGGUAUUAUAUCCGUGAUAAGGAAGUACCUCCUCAAUUGGAGUCUGUCAAGGAGAAGGUUUUGCUGGCUGGGAAGUACCUCAACGUCGUUCGAGAAUGCGGCGGUGUCAAUAUCAGCAGUAAGAUCGUGGACACACCUGCCACAUUCGACGACCCUCGUUUUCUCGACAACGUCAACAAUGCAUACUCGUUCGCUAAUAAAGAGCUGCUGCAUCUUCUCCUCACCAAGAACUCGCUAAGAAGCCGACUACGAUCGAUGAAGCAUUAUUUCUUCCUUGACCGGGCCGAAUUCUUCCUCUACUUCCUCGAACUGAGUGACUCAGAGUUGCGAAAGAAGCAGCGUGAUGUUAACCUUGGGAAGUUACAGUCUUUGCUUGACUUGGUACUGCAUCAGCCUGGCAGCAUCGCAGUUGCAGACCCAUUCAAAGAGGAUGUUAGAGUCCGAAUGAAUUCCGUUGGGUUAACUCAGUGGCUUAUCAAAGUGGUCAAUGUGCAAGGCAUUGACCAGGACAAUCCAGAUUCGAUGGCGGAUCAAUACAAGACCCCUGCUCAGAGCUCCUCCGCGGACAGACAAAGCAAGGACAAAAAGGAAGAUGAGAAGGACAUCAUAGGGUUCGAUGCACUAGAACUGGACUAUGCUGUUCCCUUUCCUCUUUCACUUAUCAUCAGUCGAAAAACGGUGAUGCGAUAUCAGCUGAUUUUCCGUUAUACUCUAGCACUACGACAUCUCGAAACACAAUUAGUUGGAUGUUGGUCUACGCAUACCAAAGAGAAGGCAUGGAUUCACAAAUCUUCAGACAAGAGAUUCGAAAUGUGGAAGCGCCGGGUUUGGACUUUGCGCUCACGUAUGCUUGUUUUCGUUCAGCAAAUGCUCUUCUUUGCGACUGCGGAAGUGAUCGAGCCCAACUGGCAGAAGUUGAUGGUCAAAGUGGACGAUGCAGAAUGUGACGAUGUCGAAGAAACCAAGUCUGGCCUGACCGUGAAAUCAAAGCCGACUGUGGACGAAUUGAUGCAGGACCAUGUCGACAUGCUGGAUUCAUGCAUGAAAGACCUCGGGCUUACUCAAGCCAAGUUGCUCAAAUUGCAUGCAAAGCUGAUGACGGGCUGUGGCAUGUUUGCCUCGUAUGUGGAGUAUAUCACAAAGUCCAUUUACGAAGCGGACCCCAGCAUCCAGGCUGGCAAAAGUGUUCACGGACCCACGGACCCGGCACGAAUGAAAAGGAUCGAAGAGUCAAUCAAGAAAUAUGAAGAGCAUUUCAAUCGGCACUUGAAGAUCCUCAUCGAUGCUCUGAACUGGUUUGCUACCACCGAAACAGUGUCAUUGCUUAGUCUGUGCGGAAGAUUGACAAACGCUGAUGUGCAGAAACGGGAUGACUUGUUUGGUUAA